AUGCCGGAUGUAGCUCCCUUGUGUUCCUUGGGGAGCCGAGCGACAGCACCAAAGCAGGGGGCCCCGCCAAGGUUGCCCGAGGUGCAUCCUGACAGCCGAUGGCAGUACUGUGCCAAGCAACGGAAGAUCCGGGAGGCCCCAAAGAUUGCGGCGCGGAAGAAGCUCUUGCAGUCCUUCUCUGCGAGGCUUGGCACUGGAGCUUCCGUGGUCCACAGUCGUAGUGCCGGGAAUCUAAGCCCAAUUCGCGAAGCCACGAGCAUCACGCCUCGUGGAUUCUCGUCCCCUGUCAAGGGAGCAGACUUCCACUGGAAGAAUACCAUGGGCUGCCUCCCGUUCGCGUGCCUGUAG